AUGACGAAGCCAACGGAACGUAAAAGAAAGGAGUUGGAGGACUUGGCGCUCUACCUCAAAGGAACGUCAGACUACGCCGAACGUCAGCUCUACGUCACCGCGCCGAAGAACCACAAGAACUACAAGAACCUCGAGAACAACCACGCGAACGUUUGCUGGAAGUUUUUAGAGAACACAGCAGACCUAGGAACAAAGCCUCUCAGCACGAAAAGAGUGAAGUUUCUCCUGAACAUGAUCGGCAUGUGCAACAGCGAAGGAAGAGUUGGAGAGCAAGAGCGAGAGGAAGAAGAAAAGGCACAAGUGGCAGCCUACGUACCUUUCGCCGCAGCGCAAGAAGUAGCAAGCUCACAAGAAGUCCCAAACAGUCCUGGAAGCAUGUCGCUUCUGGAAGUCCUGGUGACGCUCGCCGUGGUGUGCAUGGCGGUGAACUACGACGUGGACUCCUUCGACGAGGCAAAGAAAGAAGUGACAGAGAGAGCAGAGAAGUUGAAGAAAGAUGAGGAAAGCCUGGAGAAGGAGAAGGAGCAGUUCGGAAACCAGAAGACAGAGUUUGAGGAGACAGUGAAAAGGUUUUUGAAGAAGCAGAAGGAGGUCUUAAGCGAGAAGGAGACAGCCCUCGAAGAAGCUGAGGAGAACGUCAAAGCAAAGGAAGCAGAGGUUGAAAAGAAGAAGAAAGAGGCAGAGAAGAGAGAGAGAAAAGCCCAGGAAAGAACCGCCGGCUACGACCAGGAGAGAGAAGAGUACGCCAGGAAGUACGUUGACGACGCAAAGAAGGACUUGGAGAGAGAGCUUAAAGUGCUAAAGCAAGAAGAGAAAGUAAGGAACCAGAAGCUCGACGACCUCCAGUACGACUACAAGAGCCUCAAGGACGACUACCACUACUUCAAAGGUUACUCACAGGAAGUGGACGCACUUCUACUUGCAGCUAAGGACAAGAUCGUGAAGUACAAGAAGAAGGUCAAAAGCCUCAAGGAAACCUUAGGUGCAACCUUGUCUGGAAGCGAAGGAGACGAAACCACCGUCGACCCGAACGACAUCGCCGAGUUCACGCAGCUUGGCUACGUGUGGGAGUUCAACAAGAAGACGCAAGAGUACCGCGCGAAGUGCGAGGACAAGAAAGGAGCCCCAAGAAUCAAGAACGCUCCGGUGAAAGGCCGCCUCCUUUGGAACAAGGUGACGGAGUGCUACAGGAAACACAACAUUUGGUUUACAGGCGGAAAGGAAUUGGAUAAAUUCCUCGAGACCAAGGAGAACGAGAAGAUCGAAGAAGAGGUGCAGCGACGCAUCCACGCGAAAGGCAAGCACGACAACCAAGGAACGAAGGGAAAAGGCCCUUCCUGGGACGACGGACAGAACGACGGUUGGUGGUACAACGACCAGUGGAAUAACGAGAACUGGAGCACCACCGACGACGGCAGCAACUGGUACGAGAACGCGAACCCGCACAACAAAGGCUACUGGCAGACGCCAGAAGAGUGGGCGCAGCAGAACCAGUGGGACCAGUGGACACCCAAAGGAAAGGGUAAAGGCAAGAAGUCCAAGAACUGGGUGCAGACCCAGUGA